CCUCCUGGGAAACGCUGUUUAUCAGGAAGACCUUGCAGAGCUGGUCCCGCCCUGCUUUCUUGUUUUCCGGGCCUGAGGCCCCUCGAACCACCCUCUUUGGGAUUCUGUUUGCCUGAGAGGAACUAGCAGCUGCUCCCACCUGCCACGCAAUGGAGCAGGCCCGACGUGGAGGCUCUGAGACCGAGGCCGGCCUGGGGACAGGACCAAGGACCAGCAGGAGCCUGUGUCAGGAGGAUGCUGCGGAGCAGGGCUGCUCCCCGGGGCCACUGAGGCUUCUUCUCGUGGGGAAGCAUGGGGCAGGAAAAAGUGCCACAGGAAACACUAUUCUGGGCAAAAAGGUGUUCCUGUCCAGAUUCAGUGGGAAGAUGGUGACUGAAACAUGCCAGAGAGAGAGUGGGACCGUGAGAGGGGAGGAGGUUGUGGUCAUCGACACCCCCAACCUUUUCUCCUCAACGGCUUGUGCCAAAGACAAGCAACGAAACAUUGAACACUGCUUGAAGCUUUCUGCCCCCAGCCUGCAUGUCCUGCUUCUGGUGAUCCCCAUCGGCCACUGUAACGUGGAGGACAAAGAGACAAUCGAGGGCAUCCUGAAGGUGUUUGGAGCGGAAGCCAGGAGGUACAUCAUUAUCAUCUUCACUCGGAAGGACGAUUUGGGUGAUGACUCCAUGAAAGAUUACCUUCUACACGACAGAUUGCUUGGAGGGUUGGUUGAAAACUGUGGACGCCGCUACUGCGCGUUCAACAACAAGGCAGGUGAGGCUGAGCGGGACAGCCAGGUGGCAGAGCUCCUCCGCAUGGUCAAGCUUUUGGUGGAUGAGAAUGGAGAACCCUACCCCGUGAAUUUCAACAAUGAAAGCAAUGGAUUCCAGGACUGUGUGAAAGAAGCUACCUCUCAGAAGGGGGACAAUCUACAUGAUUUGUCAUGCAGACAUGGAGUGACAGUCCACCUGGAUGGCGCCCUGGUUAACAGAGACCCAGUGAAUGUCCCUGGAGUUGCUGACUCUGCCAUUUGCUCAGCACGGGAGCAGCUGCAGGCCACAGGAUCUGAGCCGAACCCUGGGAUGUCAGAACUAAAGGUCCUGCUCCUGGGGAAGCGUGGCGUUGGAAAAAGCACAGCCGGAAACAGCCUUCUGGGGAAGCGAGUCUUUGAGACCAAAUUCAGUGACCACUCAGUAACCAAGAAGUUUAAGUCUGAGAGCAGAAUCUGGAGAGGGAGGAAAAUUUUGAUCAUUGAUGGCCCAGACUUACUAUCUGAUUUAAAGGACUUUAAAUCAGACCUUCGGAAACAUGCCUCUCGGGGGCCCCAUGCCUUCCUGCUGGUGACCCCACUGGGCUCCUUCACUGAAUAUGCAGAGAUGCUGAGCACCAUCCAAGAAAGUUUUGAAGACGAAUUAACUAAGUAUAUGAUUGUACUCCUCACAAGGAAAGAAGAUCUAGAGGAUCAGAACGUAGACACGUUUUUAACCAGCAAUGGAGCCCUCUGUGAGCUUGUCAAGAAAUGUGAAAACCGAUACAGCAUCUCCAACUACAGAGCGACAGAAAGAGAGGAACAAUGCCAGGCGGAUGAGCUCCUGCAAAAAAUUGUGAAAAUGGUGCAGCAGAAUGGAGACAAGUCUUGCAACUUCAAAAAGGAAGAGGCCCUGCACAUUGUCCUCGUGGGGCGGAGCGGGACUGGGAAGAGUGCCACCGGGAACUCCAUCCUCGGGAGGUCCAUCUUCUUAUCUCAGCUCCGGGCCCAGCCGGUCACCAGGGAGUGCCAGAUGGGCAAGAGGAUGGGGUUGGAGCAGGAUGUCGUGGUGGUGGAUACUCCUGACCUCUGCCUGCUGUCCAGCCAGCCAGCCCACCGAGAGGAGCUCCGACGCAAUGUAUUUAGCUGUAAAAUGAACACGGUUCUGGUCCUGGUACUCAAGGUGGGACGGUUCACGGCCCAGGACAAAGAGGUGGUGGAGACACUGAGGACCAUCUUCGGAAAGGAUGUUAUGGAAUGCAUGAUUGUGCUUUUCACCUGGAAGGAAGACCUGGGGGCCGAGGACAUUAGAGAUUACUGCAAAAACACAGAUAACACAUUUCUUAAGGAAACCAUUAAAAAGUGUGGGGAGCGAGUUUGUGCUUUUAAUAACAAAGAAACCGGCCAAGCUAUGGAAGACCAGGUAACAGAUCUUUUGAAAAUGGCCAAUGAGCUGAUACGUAAACGUAAGCACAGAUCUUCCUGUGAUGAGAAUGUCAGCAAAAUAACGAAAGAUGCCCAGGAAAGGCAAUAUCCCGGAAAAGAAUUCCUAAAGCAAGUAAAAAGUUUCUUUUAAUAGGUGGCUGAAGUGCCUGGGGUCUCUUUAAGUUAGAGACGCACUCAGGUUGGGGGUAUAGGAAGACUGGUGGAUGGGAAGUGGGUUCCUGACUUUUAAGGGCUUGAGAAAUCAAGGCCUCUCACCUUGUGAUGCUUCGGCUCUUUGAGGUCAAUAAAUUUUCAGGUUGGGGCAGGUAGUAGAUUACAAAGGAGCAAGAAAAAAUAAGGUAGGGAAAACGGGUCAGAAUCAAGUCACAAGAAUUACCUUACCUUUGCGGGUAGAUCGGAGUCAGGACCAAGGCGAAGGCCAGCCUGUGGCCAGAAUACAUAUUGUUACAAAGAAUCAGGGUGUCCGGAUACAUGAGAGCGAGGCGAUGUCCAGCAAGUCCUGGGCGUGGCAGGGAGGUGCAGCUGGACUCCUGUGGGCCACCCCGUGCCUGCCAGGCCCGCUGGCCGCUGAGCUGUCCUUUCCUAGUGUGGUGGCUAUUCCUUUGUGUCCUCUCCAUUUCUAGUCUGAAUGCAAAGGGACCCAGUCACCCCUUCUUUGUUGUCCCUGAGGAAAUGAACAAGACCGUGAGGUUUCAAGUGACUAUUGUUAAAUCAUCGCAGUGAAGUAGACUAGAACAAAAAUCAGUAAAAUUGCCAAGAUUAGACAACUUUGCAAAAUUUUUAAAUUUUAAGUGUAAUUCUAGACUUCCUCUAGAAAAGGUUAUUGAAAACUCUUUUGCACUUUUCUCCCUUCUUUAUCUUGAGGGUUAGGAAUUAGGUUAUAACCAGACAACUCACAUAAUUAUGGUGUAAACACAUUAGGGGCUUAUGGUGUCUCAUGUCCGGGGGCAGGCCGUCUGAGGCAGGUGCCGUGGCCACGGUCCAGCUUCAUUCUCACGCAGUCUCCGCACUUCAGGUUGCCACUGGGUUCCAAGCUGGUGAUGUUCUACUCACAGGUGAGCAGUUAAAAUUGAGAGCUGCAUGAUGGAGGCGCUGUAUGAAGCAAGAACUAUAGAAUCUUCUUUCAGUAGAUGUAGGGCCAGAUGUUUUCAAUAUUAACCACUUUAGAGAUACUUUGGGGACAGGAUCUAUAUCACCAGCCUUUGUUUUUGUUUUUGAAAAUAUCAGCUUACCUUCAAGACUGACCCAUUUAUAAGAGCAUGGACUAUCACCAUUAAUAAUUUUGUAUCCUGCAUAACUCUUAUUACGACAAAUUCUGGAAUACGUGUAUGCAAAUAUACUCUGCUGAGUGAAAUAAUAAAGAUGAAUGAUAUUAUGAA